GCACAGCCAGCUUCCGGCCGCCGCCAUCUUGCUAACGCGGAAGGAAGCCCGGGUGGGAAGGAGUCCGGCCGGGGGCGCGGACGGUGCGGCCGGCGCUAUGCCGUCGUCACCGCUGCGCGUGGCGGUGGUAUGUUCGAGUAACCAGAACCGAAGCAUGGAGGCGCACAACAUCCUCAGCAAGCGAGGAUUCAGUGUCCGGUCUUUUGGAACAGGAACUCAUGUGAAGCUCCCAGGACCAGCACCCGACAAGCCUAAUGUCUAUGAUUUCAAAACCACAUAUGACCAGAUGUACAAUGACCUACUCAGGAAAGACAAAGAACUCUACACGCAGAAUGGAAUUUUGCAUAUGUUGGACAGAAAUAAAAGAAUCAAGCCUCGGCCAGAGAGGUUCCAGAACUGUAAGGACCUGUUUGAUCUGAUCCUGACCUGCGAAGAAAGGGUCUAUGACCAGGUGGUGGAAGAUCUGAAUUCCAGAGAACAGGAGACCUGCCAGCCCGUGCACGUGGUCAACGUGGAUAUUCAGGACAACCACGAGGAGGCCACCCUGGGGGCCUUUCUCAUCUGCGAGCUCUGCCAGUGUAUCCAGCACACGGAGGACAUGGAGAACGAGAUCGACGAACUGCUGCAGGAGUUCGAGGAGAAGAGCGGCCGAGCCUUCCUGCACACUGUGUGCUUCUACUGACCCCAGAGGCUUCCUGUACUGCGCCCUGCACCCCAUGUCUGUGGGGUGCCAGUGUCACCCCCAUGCACCUGGCAGCCGCGGGAGGGUAGGCCGCGUGCCAGAUUGUCUCCACCCCACUUUAGCCAGAGAAACAGUUCGUGCACGUUCCCCCCUGUGUGCCUGUUGCGGGUCUGGCUCUUUCCUCCCCAGCUGCAGAUUGCGUGCAUACCUGAGCAACAGCGGCCAUGUCCUGGCCGGAGAGGACCUGGAGUUGCCCAAUAAAUGAGAUGCUGCUAGUGGU